GCUUGGCUAUUAGUUUCUCACUUUGGACACAUGCUCCACCUCUGCGACUAAUUGGGUUCAUGCUCUGUAUGUCCUGACAGUGCCCUGCUUGAUGCCCCACACCAUGCUGUCUCGCCCAUCCAGUCUUUAGAAUAAGUCAGUACACCCCUCGGUGCCCCUUGCAUUGUGCCCCACUGCCAGCCCCCGCCACCUCUGCCAUCCAGUAAUCCCCGUCACCUGACCCUGGAUGCCCCUACCGGGAUGCAGCUGCGAAGCUCCGGGCUGUGGCUGCUUCUGUUCGCCGUGUGGGCUGUGCAGGUGCCUGGGGGCCAGUCAGUGUGCGCCAGGCGAGGGCCCCCCAGGUGCUGCACGGGUCGGAACAACGCAUGUACCGGGGUGAGUCCAGCCGGUACCACGUGUUACUGUGAUACUUACUGUCACCGGAGCGCAGACUGCUGUGAGGAUUACCGCGGGCAGUGCGGGGGGAGCGUUUCCAACUGUGUAGUAGGCCCUUGGGGCAUGUGGAGCGAGUGCAAUUCCCGCUGUGGGAUUGGGAGCAGGGAACGUGCACGGCAGGUGAUUGUGCCCCCUAGAAGUGGAAGAAACCCCUGUCCAGACCUUAGGCAGCGGCGUGGCUGCUAUGGAGAGGAUCCCUCUUGUCAUACUUCUAAAGAGGUGGCCAAGAUUUUACCAGACUCCUUCAAAAGGGAUUUCAGGGACCCCUGGAGAAGACAUCAUGCCAAAACACCAGCGAGAACCUCAAGUUACUGUGUGUAUUUCCGUAUGAAGCAUGUGGGCCCGGUCUGUCGCCUUCAAGGGUGGAGCAGACAGUUGAUGCAAGAACAAUUGGUGUGUGUGGAAUGCCAGGCCGAAGCUGUGGCGAGCAAUGGUCGAUGCUUGGGGGAUGGAUUGGCUGGAACCAGGACAUUCUGGACUGCUGCCUCUCUUCCGGGCUGCCAGGGAUCCUGGGUGCAAGAGGAUCUACGUGAGGACUGUACAUGCCAACUGCUUUCCUUCCUCUUUGUAUGAUGAUGCAGAGCCCUAAAGACUAAGGAAUGCAGUGGACUGCCUUAGUGCUAGUGAUAAUGCACACCAGGCUGACCAAUAAUCUCUAAUGCACAGGGCACCAGAAGCCACCAUGUUUAGUAAAGCACAAAGCUAGAUUACUUACCUCUCAGAUAUCUACCUCUGCAAUAUGCUUCCAGGAGGAAACAUCCUUACAUUUUUAAAAAUGAUUAUUUCCAUGUUGUGUGAAAUGUAUUUCUAGCUAUGGAUAUCUCUGGUCUAGUGUUUGAGGUGGCUGGCAACUUCACUCUCGGGAGUCUUUGCAGCAUGUUUUUGCUUUUUUCCCCUGAAAAUGUAUGUCAAGAUGUACUUCACAAAACAUAUAUGCAAAUUAAUUUAGUAACUGCAAUUAGGUAGCUUUAUAGAAUGCUGGAGAUGUCAUGACAUCACAAAUGGGGAAGCACUGGUGGUCACAUGAAAUGGACACACCAGGCC